AUGAAGAAGUUAGUUGAUGAUAAUACCUGGAACUGGCAUAAAAAUUUAUAUGAAGCCUUAUGGGCAGAUAGAAUUACCCCUAAAAGAGCAAUUGGAAUGGCACCUUAUGAACUGGUGUAUGGAAUUAGUGCAAAGGUUUCUUUACCUCUGGAAUUGGCAGCAGUGAAGCUUCAAACUAUAAUUGGGGAUCGCUUCUCCCAAAAUGCUCUAGAAAAGAGAGUCAUGUAUUUGACAAAGUUGGAAGAGGAAAGGGAGAUGAUAGUGGAUAGAAUUACUGAACAUCAAAACAAGGUGAAAAAAAUCUUCGAUAUGAAGGCUCGACCAAGGGGGUUCGUCAAAGGGGAUGAAGUACUUUUGUGGGACAAGAGAAGAGAACCAAAGGGUGCCCAUGGAAAAUUUGAUUCAUUGUGGAGAGGUUCAUUCAAGAUCCAUGAAGUGGUGGGACCAAAUGCAUUUAGACUGAAUUAUCCUAAUGGAACAGUUAUGCCCUAUACCUAUAAUGGGCAACACCUGAAGCUCUAUAAACUUUGA